AUGGCAUUAAACGAAGCACGUAUUACGGUCAAGCUUGAACCACAACCAUACAUCUUCGACAACGUCAGCAGCAGACAGCAAGAUCCCGCACCGCUGUAUAGAUCUGCAGCAGAAAAUGGCGUCGGUGCCGUAAACGUACACGUACAUCAACCUACUACUAGUACUACUGCAGUAUCGGUAGCUGAUGGAACCGCUGUGCCUGUGGGGAUUGUAGGCAGAGGGUUUACGUAUUUGGAGCGUAGCUCGGCAUCCAGCGAUAUAAAUGCAGCCAACUUGGAGUCAUCUAACGUAUCGGACUCGUCAUUUCAGCAAGGAUAUUUGGAUGAUCUGUUCAAGUAUGACGAGGAGUCGGACUCAGAAGAUGAAAGCAGCGACACAACCCACCCCUAUGUUGAUGACCUUGACCAACAGGUCACAUGGACAGAGCAGGCAGUCACAAACAACGUCCCGAUGAUAUUCUCCGCAGAAGAGGGCCCCAACUUUUCCAAUUUCAAAACCUGCGGACCCGCCCAAGCAGUGGAUUUCUUUCACCUGUUCUUUCCGGAGGACCUUUACAAGCAGGCUCAAAUAGAGACCAAUAACUUCGCCGAGUACUACCAGGAGAAGAAGAGAGACCUGGGUCGGGAGUGGUGGGAAUGGUGUGACGAAACGUGGGAGCCGGUCGAUUUCAAACAGGAGAUCCGAGUGUUCAUCGGCAUCUGUAUCACCAUGGCCAUUCAUGCUCUACCCGAUCCCAGAGAUUACUGGUCCACGCAGGAAAACCUUGGCAGUUCAGUCGUAGCCGAGUCCAGUAUCAGUGUCGAACGCUUCGACAGGAUCAUGCAUUAUUUCUGUCUCAGUAAUCCAUGGAAAGAUCCGGAGAAGAUAGCCAACCUUGAGCGGCGAGACGAAGCGUGCAGCCGCGACCCCCUGUACAAGGUCAGCACUAGUCUCCUGGAAUACGUCAAGAGCUCCUGCAUCAACCUGUACAACCCACACCAAGACGUGGUCAUGCGAGAACUCACAGGAAUCGUUGAUCACAAGAUGGGUCGCAGGACAAACGGCUGGAAGCUUUUGGUAUUGCAAGAUGCCAUCACGGGGUAUAUCAGCAACGUCCAGUGGUAUCGCAAUCCGACCUCCGGAUUGAUCAACCCGAAUGUGACGUACAAGCACGCAGUCAACAGCCUUGUCAAGAGCCUGGAGGGUAAAGCUCACUGUGUGUACGCGGAUAACUUAUAUAUCUCCCCCACUAUGGCUUGUCAGUGCAUUGACGAUCACAAUAUCCACAUCACCACCAACUCUUCCAACUGGCCUAAUGGCAUUCUCAAUCCUGAUCAGGAUCUGAAAACAGGCACUUCUAAGUCAGUCCAGCACAACCAGGUAACAGCAACAGUAUGGCGGGGGAAGAAGGUCAAACGGUGUCUGUCGACACUUUAUAACUGUUUCAUGCAGCCUGUGACUCAGAAAAUACGCAACGCAACAACAGGACAGCAUGCCAUUGAGACGGUGCUGUGCCCAGCGGCAAUAAGUAAGCACAUGUCCCUAACCAACAAAACGCUACCACGACUGCUUCUAUCCCAAAGUUCUGUCUUGCGAGACAUGACUAACACAUGGUGGAAGCGACUGGUAUGGCUUCUUAUCGACGUAUGCAUCGACAAUGCCUACGUUAUGUGGACAGCAACCACCCUGAAACACUUCUCGCGUUCAGAGUUUGCCAUGGAAGUAGCUUCACAGUUGAUCCUCGGUCCGGCAAGUAAAGAGCAUCCCCAGUUUGGAGAAGCUGACUGUAAGAAUGACAUCCAAGUACAGAGUACGUCCAGCAUGCAGCACUCCAAGGUCUCAACGCCUGUACCACCCGCCUAUCAGUUGGUCAUGAACCAACAUAAUCUCUUGGAGGAGACCUCAGGACCUGAUGAUCUACUGCAGCCUCAACCGCACUUUGGCGACACGGAUUUAGACGAGGAACACUGUCUGGUCAAGUUCCCCGGAAGAGGUCGCAAUUGUCGCCUGUGCAUCGACGACAACACAAGAACUGUCAGCGGUCGCCGACGGGACACCCAGUUUGGCUGCUUCACAUGUGGGUUAAACCUCUGUCGAUCGGGUUGCUUUGUCAGAUACCAUGAAAUUCACAAAUACAAAAUCAAUCCGCUCACUCUGACGAAGACCCAACUGUCUUUUGACCCACCGCCGCAAAAGAGAAAGAAAUACAAACCAAGAGUCAAAUAAAGUAAGCUGAUUUUACUUUUCCCUCCCUUUUUUUGUGCUACAUGUUAUAUGAAAAUGAUAAACACUGUGUGAAAUUUUAGCUGUAAAGAAGAUUGCUUUUUUUUUCCUGCAAGAAACAAAGUUGCUUGUAUUUAUACAUGUAAUCUAUUUUGUUUGCAGAAGAGUUUUCAGUACACAGCCACGAUCAUGGGUACACUUUUUUGUUACAAAUACACAAAAUGAACAACAUAUAUCUAGCAACUCUUUGUGCAGAUUUUGUAUUCGACAAACUCGAGCACUUUUGAUUCAUCGUUGACACAGCGAUUGUUUUAAAUUGAUAUUUAUAGAAAUAUACCUUGACCAGUAGUUUUUUAAAAAAACUGUUGUUUCUACAUUGAGAGGUGUGCGGUAACAUCAUGUUAGCAAGCCUUUUCUUGUGCUGACGUCACUGGAAGGUAUACGUUUCGUAAUCCUUAAAAUUAAUGGCAAAAAACUAUUGGUUAGAAGCAUACAGCAGCUUUUGAUGUAUAAAGCAUUUUUAGAAAAAAACACAGUAAUGUGGUUAUAAGUGUAAAAAGAUAUAGUUUUUAUGCCUCAAAAAUUUGAAUCUGAGGCGUUACUGUCAGUUGUUUCUCAGAUUGCGUUUUUUUUAUUAGGAAUUAUUUUUUCCAGUCUUCGACAUUUAUUUGAGUACAAAUUUUCGGCGUCAUCUAAAAAAUGCAACCAAGUGAUCUCAGUGAUUCAGUGAACAUCAUUUCUGAUAUUUUGUCAGACUUUAUUUUUCUUUGCUUUUUAAUUCUGUAAAAAAUAUUAACAUGUACACGAAAAAACUGUUGACCAUAAAUCAAAGUUUGUUUACAAAUUGAACAUAAAAUAUUUAUUGACUAGAGUUUUACACUAAGACACUGGACACUAUUGG